CGCUUGAUCGUCCAACCAACAACCGGUCACUCGCAGAGCCUCCAAAUCGUCGUCCGUAUCCUUCCUCAAGGAACCCUCCUCAACUAUGCUUGAAACUAAGGAUACCGCGGUCCAAACCUACAUCAGGCAGGUCUCUGUCACUUACGACAGACGUCCCUAUAACCCCUCCCCGGAGGAGAAUGAGAUACUGAAGAAUCCUGGGACUGCUCACGCGAACCUUGCACCCUCCCUCGAAUGCCCUCAUGGCACUCAGAGCAGCGGCUGGGCGGACAAACACAGCGGGCACACCGUUCUACAGCAGCACUGCGCCUACUUCGAUGCCGACGGCGAUAACAUCAUUUGGCCGCACGACACAUACCACGGGUUCCGCAACCUGGGGUUCAAUAUCUUCUUGACGCUGUUCUCCGUCUUCAUCAUACACUUCAACUUCUCCUACCCAACCUGCCCAGGCUACCUGCCGGAUCCGUUCUUUCGUAUCUACCUCGCGAAUAUACACAAAGCCAAGCAUGGCAGCGACACUGGCACUUAUGACAACGAAGGCCGCUUUGUCCCUCAGAAGUUCGAGGACAUGUUCGCGAAGUAUGGUGAUAAGGAUGGGUUGACGAUGUGGGACAUGUGGGAGCUCAUGGGCGGCCAGCGUGUCUUGUUCGACGUUUUCGGCACAUUGGGUGCUUUGUUCGAAUGGUUGUCCCUCUACCUCCUGCUAUGGCCCGACGACGGCAUCAUCAGGAAGGAGGAUCUGAGGCGUGUCUACGACGGGAGCAUCUUCACCGAGCUAUCCUUGCGGCGCUCUGGCAAAGCCAAAGCGAUCUGAGUGUGGAACACGCACACUGGCACAUGGAAUCUCUCCGCGCAUAUUUCGUUCCCGUAGAGUCCACUUUUCUCCGUGCGUAAUGUGUAGUGAAGCAGCGCGACGUCAGCUAUCCUUCGGCCCCGAUCGUAGCAACCAUCGGGAG